UUGUUAAGAAAAAAACAAAAAUUCAAGAUAUUUUAUAAAAAAUAUUAAAAGUUUGGGACAUAAAACAUGUGAACCAUUAUUUUUAUACUUAAAUAAAUUUGAACCGGCAGCCAAAAUCCCUCCCCAACUUCUAAUGACUAUACUUGUUUAGGCAAUUUCCCUCGUCAAUUAGUUUCGCUUCAGAUUCACAAUUACUAGAGAGAAACUAUGAGCUUCUUAUCCAAUUAUUGGUCACGGUGGUUCAACACCGAUGAUGAAGCUCGACUCGUGUUUAGCUCGAUUAUCGGUUUGGUGGCCGUGGCAUGGAUUCUGACACUGCUGGUCAAAAAGUCCAGUAAUCGGAAUCCACCGCUACCACCGGGCCCCAGGGGGUUGCCCCUGAUCGGCAACCUCCUCUCCCUCGAUCCCGAGCUCCACACCUACUUCGGCGGGCUCGCGAAAUCGUACGGUCCGAUCUACACACUGAAGCUCGGGGGAAAGAUCGGCGUCGUGAUCACGUCGCCGGAGCUGGCGAAGCAGGUGCUCAAGGACCAAGACACCACCUUCGCCAACCGCGACGUGCCGGUGGUGGGGAGGGAGGCCGCGUACGGCGGCGUCGACAUAGUCUGGACGCCCUACGGGCCGGAGUGGCGGAUGCUGCGGAAGGUCUGCGUGCGCGAGAUGCUCGGCAACGCCACGCUCGACUCCGUCUACGGGCUGCGGCGGCGAGAGCUCCGGCAGACCAUCGGCCACCUGCACGGCAAGGCGGGGACGGCGGUGGACGUCGGCGAGCAGAUGUUCGUGACGGUGCUGAACGUGAUCACCGGCAUGCUGUGGGGCGGCACCGUGAAGGGGGAGGAGCGGGCCGGGCUCGGGGCGGAGUUCAAGGAGGUGGUCGGAGAGAUGACGGCGCUGCUCGGGGCGCCGAAUAUCUCCGAUUUCUUCCCGGCGCUGGAGAGGCUGGAUCUGCAGGGGAUUCAGAAGAGGAUGAAGGGGCUGGCCAAGAGAUUCGAUCGGAUCUUUGAGAAGAUGAUUGAGCAGAGAUUGAAGAUGAGUGGAGAUCAUGGGAGCAAGGACUUUCUGCAGAUUUUGCUGCAGAUGAAGGAGACUCAUGGAGAUGCCAACACUCCUUUCACUAUCACUCAUGUUAAAGCUUUGCUCAUGGAUAUGGUAGUAGGAGGAACGGACACAACAUCGAACGCGGUGGAGUUUGCUGUGGCUGAGAUCAUGAACAGGCCAGAAAUCAUGGCAAAAGUGCAGCAAGAACUUGAUAGUGUAGUAGGCAAAGACAACAUUGUUGAAGAAUCCCACAUCAACAAACUGCCCUACUUAUCUCUAGUGAUGAAGGAAGCUCUGCGUCUGCACCCGUCUCUGCCUCUGCUCGUCCCUCACUGCCCCAGCGCCACUAGUGUGGUGGCCGGCUACACCAUCCCUAAGGGCGCCCGCGUGUUUGUGAACGUGUGGGCGAUCCACAGGGAUCCUUCCAUAUGGGAAAACCCCCUCGAGUUUCGUCCCGAGAGGUUUUGUGAUGGGAAAUGGGAUUACAGCGGCAACGACCUCAACUACUUCCCCUUUGGGUCGGGGCGAAGAAUAUGCGCUGGCACCGCCAUGGCCGAGAGGAUGUUCAUGUAUUCACUUGCUUCGUUGCUUCAUUCUUUCGAUUGGAGUGUACCUGCUGGAGAGAGGUUGGACUUGGAAGAGAAGUUUGGGAUUGUUUUGAAGAAGAAAUUGCCUCUUAUUGCUGUCCCAACUCCAAGAUUGUCUCAUCCUAGUUUGUAUGAGUGAUGACUGAUGAGGGGAUUUGAGAUUAUUAGUGUUGUCUUGUUAUUUUCAAUUGCAAAAGUUUUAUUUUCAUUUGGAGAAUUCUACCACUUUCCUAGAUAUUGGACCAGAUAUCUUGGAUCAGUUUGAUAUAUAAUGCUACAAUCCAUUUGUGAAAAUAUAUGUUGCAUCAAAUUUCUUGA